AUGUUCGACACGAUCACGGCUUUCCAGCGUAAACUGGACCUAUGGAUGUGCCAAGGGAAACAGGACAAUCUUGCCCACUUUCCUGUCUGUCAGAGCGUGUCGGCCUCAUUUCCCGGGACUUUUUCAUGUGCUCAGUUGGCCACCAAACUGAGCUGUUUAAAGACUGACUUUGAGCGGCGCUUCUCUGACUUCAGGGCACAGCAGUCUGGAUUUGCCAUAUUUGCCAGUCCUUUCACCACCGACGUCUGCCCUGCACCCCAACACCCCCAGAUGGAGUUAAUUGAGCUUCAAAGGGACAGUGGUCUGAGAGAAAAGUUCCAGGAUGCAGCUGUUCAGGACUUUUACCAUCUGUUGCCCUCUGGUCUGAUGCCACAGCUUCAACUUCAUGCUGCCCGUGUUUUGUCAAUGUUUGGGAGGACCUAUUUCUGCGAACAGCUGUUCUCAAUAAUGAAUCUGAACAAAAACAAGCACAGAUCACGCCUCACUGAUGACAACCCCAUGCCAUUCUAA